AUGCAGUUUUUUUCAUUGUCACUUUCAGUACUUCUUGAACAAUGCCUAUCGAGUAGAAAAAUCAUCAAACAGCAAUCGUAUAAAGACUACUAUACAUCUAUAGCAGUAGUGUUCUCGCUGUAUUUUGAAACUAUGUCCGAGUUCAGUAUUACGGAAACCUACCUCAAGUUUCUCGAGGAAGAUCCCGAGAUGACUAUGCCCAUUGCGGCCAUUGAGGCAUUGGUGACCUUGCUUCGAGUUGAGAAUCCGAAGACAGCUGCUGAGAUGAUUAACACCAUCAAAUCUGCUGCUAGCGAAUUGACACAAUCUAUUCCGAACUCUAUUUCCUUAAAAGCAGGAUGUGACAUUUUCAUGAGAUUUGUUCUUAAAAAUACCCAAUUAUAUGGUGAUUGGGAAAGCUGUAAACAGCAUCUCAUCGAAAAUGGUCAGCUGUUUGUUUCAAGAGCUAAAAAAACUCGAGAUAAAGUGGCCCAAAUCGGUGUAGAUUUUAUAUCUGACGAUGAUAUUAUUUUAAUUCACGGUUUCUCAAGAGCAGUGUAUUCUCUAUUGAAGUAUGCCGCUGAGAAAUUCAUCAGAUUUAGAUGCGUAGUAACCGAAUCUAGACCCACAACUCAGGGAAAGCAAUUGUACACUUUAUUGCAGGAGAAAGGCAUUCCGGUGACCAUGAUCGUUGACAGCGCCGUAGGCUCUAUAAUCAAUCAAGUUGAUAAAGUUUUCGUUGGUGCUGAAGGGGUUGCCGAAUCUGGAGGUGUUAUCAACAUCGUUGGCACGUAUUCUAUCGGUGUGCUCGCUAAAAAUGCAAGAAAACCUUUUUACGUUGUCACUGAGUGUCAUAAAUUCGUUCGUAUGUUCCCACUCUCGCCUAAUGACUUAUCGAUGCCUGGCCAAUCGCUUGAUUUUACUCGGAAGAAUGAAGAAUCUCAGGAAAUAUUAGGAGGACCCACUCUAGACUACACAGCACAAGAAUAUAUAACGGCAUUAAUCACGGAACUUGGUGUUUUAACUCCAAGUGCUGUUUCAGAAGAACUGAUCAAAAUGUGGUACGAUUAG